AUGAUUGCAAUUGAUUUUGAAUUCCAGCAAUGGCAAUGGCAAUAUCAAAUUUCAACUACAUUUUUCAUUUGUGUCAUAUUACCAACUUUAUACUAUCUUUAUUCCAAAUAUAUAACCAAGUCACCAAACAAUUAUAAUAAAUUGGAAUCACCAUUAAAAGUAACUAUUCCAAUUCCUGAAGAAGCAAGACCGCAUUGGAAAGGUAAAAGAUUAUACCCACCAUCAAUUAAACUAGAUGAAGAACCAGAUAAAAUUCAAAGUUAUUGUCCUGCUACUGGUCAAUAUCUAGGCACAUCCAAUGUUACAACUAGAGAAGAGAUGGAUGAAAAAAUUGAAUUGGCAAAACAUGCUCAGAUUAAUUGGGCUUCGUCAGAUUUUAGUAUAAGGAGGAAAUUAUUAAAGACAAUGUCAAGAUACAUACUUGAAAAUCAAGAAAAUCUUGCAAGGAUAGCAUGUAGAGAUUCAGGAAAGACUAAAUUAGAUGCUUCAAUGGGGGAAAUUAUGGUGACUCUUGAAAAAGUGAAUUGGAUAAUUAACAAUGGUGAACGAAUUUUAAAACCAAAUCAAAGAGUAGGACCUUCAAACUUUCUAUUGAAGUUUUUGAAGUCUGCAGAGGUUAGAUAUGAGCCACUCGGUGUUGUUUCAGCUAUCAUUUCGUGGAAUUAUCCGUUUCAUAAUUUGAUGGGUCCCAUUAUUGCUUCUUUAUUCACUGGAAAUGCUAUAGUUGUUAAAUGUUCAGAACAGGUAGUGUGGUCAUCUAAGUGGUUUAUCAAAAUGGUUAAAGAAUGUUUGAAAACUUGUGGAUUAGAUGAAAAUUUAGUACAACUUGUUUAUUGUUUUCCUAAUGAUGCAGAUUAUUUUACAUCACACUGCGGUUUAAAUCACAUUACAUUUAUAGGGUCAAAACCAGUGGCACAUGCUGUUGUUGCUUCUGCUUCUAAACAGUUGACACCAUGCGUUGUUGAACUUGGUGGUAAGGAUUCUGUAAUUGUUUUAGAUGAUGUCAAGGAUAUGAAUGCAUUGAAUUCAGUAAUAUUAAGAGGAACAUUUCAAAGUGCAGGUCAAAACUGUAUUGGAAUUGAAAGGGUAAUUUGUUUACCUAAAUCAUAUGAAAAAUUGUGUGAUAUUUUCACUAAAAGAAUUAAAGACUUUAGAUUGGGUUCAGAUAUUGAUCAAUUAGAUGAGAUAGAUAUGGGCGCAAUGAUUUCAGAUAACAGAUUUUCACAAUUGGAAGAUUUAAUAAAUGAUGCUGUAUCGAAAGGAGCCAAUUUGGUUUCUGGUGGUAAACAAUUUCAACAUCCAAAUUACCCACAAGGUCAUUACUUUGAACCCACUUUAUUGACUGAUGUUGAUUCAAGCAUGAGAAUAUUUCAUGAAGAAGUAUUUGGGCCAAUUUUAACCCUUAUAAAAGCUAGAGAUAUAGAUGAAGCAGUUUCAUUAUCUAAUUCAACAGAGUAUGGACUUGGUAAUUCUGUAUUUGGAUCAAAUUUUACCAUUAUUAAUGAUAUCGCAAAUAGGUUACACAGUGGAAACGUAGCAAUUAAUGAUUUUGCCACUUUUUAUGUUGCUCAGUUACCUUUUGGAGGUGUUAAAAAAUCUGGUUAUGGUAAGUUUGGAGGUGAAGAAGGUUUAACAAGUUUAUGUAAUUGUAAAUCUAUAAUUAUGGAUAAACCAUACCUUCGAUUUUUCGGAGUACAAACAAGUAUACCACCACCAAUCGAUUAUCCUAUUGAAGACGACAAGAAAGCCUGGAAUUUUGUUAGAUGUUUGAAUAUAGCUGGAUACGAUCCAAGAAUAUGGGCGAAAAUAAAAGCAAUAAAAACGUUAGCAAAAAGUGGGAACUAA